UAACUGUUCCCUCAGACGUCACGCGAAGUAAAAUAUGAUUAUUCAUGUACAAAUUUAAAUUGCGAAAAUGUACCUGAAACUUUGAUCGUCAAUCAGAAGCGCGAGUGAAUUGAAUCGGUGCGCCAAUCCGAAGCACCCACGACCUAAGCACUUAUGUUUGUUGUAACGUCUGCUAGGAUGGCAGCGAUAAAAUUAAUUUUCUCUUUGUUCAUAAAUUUAACGUUAUAUGUAAUUCUAACCGCAGCAGGGAGAGACUUUUAUUCCAUUUUAGGCAUACCAUCAACAGCCAGUCAACAUGUAAUAAAGAAGGCAUAUAGAAAACUGGCAAAAGAAUUGCAUCCUGAUAAAAACAAAGAUGAUCCAAAUGCUUCACAAAAGUUCCAAGACUUAGGUGCAGCCUAUGAAGUUCUCUCUGAUAAUGAAAAGAGGGAAAUGUAUGAUAGAUGUGGAGAAGAAUGUUUAAAAAGGGAUGGUAUGACAAAUAAUCCUGAUCUUUUCACAAGUUUCUUUGGAGAUUUUAGUUUUCAUUUUGGUGGAGAAUCCCAACAACAACAUGAAAUACCAAAAGGUUCUAAUAUUGUAAUGGAUUUAGCGGUUACCUUAGAAGAGUUAUAUAGUGGAAGUUUUAUAGAGAUAACUAGAAAUAAGCCCGUUAUGAAACCAGCUAAAGGAACUAGGAAAUGUAAUUGUAGACAAGAAUUUGUCUCUCGUGAUUUAGGAAGUGGAAGGUAUCACCUGGUACAGCAAUCAGUAUGUUCAGAGUGUCCCAAUGUUAAAUUUGUCACUGAAGAACGAGUAUUGGAAAUUGAAGUAGAAUCUGGUAUGGUGGAUGGACAAGACAUUGUAUUUAUAGCAGAAGGGGAACCACAUAUAGAUGGAGAGCCUGGAAACUUGAUAUUAAAAAUACGAACACAACCGCAUCCAAUUUUUGAGAGAGUUGAUAACGAUCUUUAUACAAAUGUUACUAUAUCCAUGCAAGAUGCCCUGGUAGGUUUCAAAAUGGAGCUGAAACAUUUAGAUGGUCACAAAGUGAGUAUUCAAAGAGAUAAGGUUACUAAGCCAGGAGCUCGCUUACGAAAGAAAGGAGAAGGAAUGCCACAUUAUGACAAUAAUAACCUUUAUGGCACUUUGUACAUUACGUUUGACAUUGCAUUCCCUGAAAUAGAAUUCACAAAUACACAAAAAGAGGAAAUAAAACAAUUAUUCCAACAAGAUACAGUAAAUCGAAUUUAUAAUGGAAUAAGAGGGAUUUAAGAAUUUUAAAUAUAAUGUAUAGACAAAGUGAUAUUAUAAACUGUGCAUAUAAUUGAAGUGCAUGUGUUGACAUUGUGUGUUUCUAUACCAGGUGGUGUUUUCGCUUCCUUUGAAUAUUGUGGUACCAACAGGCUUGGUAGCCAAUUGUUAGGUUCAUUAAGUUGUAUACAAAUAGCAUAACAUAGUAAUUACUGAGUACACAUACUUCCUGUCUCAUCAUAUAAAAGUGGUGACUUUGUUAUUGCCAAUAAUUUAUACAAACGUCAACAAUAUAUGCAUUACAUUAUUUAAAAUAA